AUGUUUUUUUGUGAUUUUGUUUCUCCAGUUGUGAGACAACACAUUGAAAGCCCAAAACGUGUUAAGACUAUGUUUCGCAAAUUGUGUGCAGAAAUGGCAACAAAUGUUGAGACAAAUGAGCGACAAAUGGAUGAAUUGAGUGCUCUUAAGGCCAUAUUUGGAUCAGAUCUGAUUGAUUUGAGACAAUCGGUGGCCAAUGGCGGCGAUUUCGGUGAUAAAUGGUCACCGAUUGAGAUCCAGAUAACACUGAAACCAAUGGUAUCGAUGUCUCAAUUGAAUGUUGAGGUUUACGUGCAAACAGACCUUUACGUCAAAUGUGGCAAAAAGUAUCCCAACGUUAUCCCCGAAGACAUCAGCCUUAAGAACGUGAAGGGAUUGGCCACAAGUGUUUGCCAUCACAUUAGGGAUGAAUUAUACCAAUUGGCGAAGAGUUUAAGGGGAGAAGUGAUGAUCUUUGCGUUCGCAGAUCACGUCCGACAGAGUCUUCAUUUGCAUAAUAAGCCUCCGAUUCAGAGCUUUUACGACCAAAUGAUUUCACAUCAAACCAAACGUGAGAUUCAGAAGAAUGCGGAGAUUGAGAGACAAUUGGAGACAAACAGACAAAGAGAUGAAAUGAAGAGAAAACAAUUGGAAGAAGAGAUGAGACGAAAGCAAAAGGCUUUACUCGAAGAAUCGAGAUUCAGAAGAGAAUCGCAUGAAGAUAUCGGCGAAACACUUCUCGACAUGAGGUCUGAGAUGAGGUGUGAUGUGAACCACGAAUUGGUUUGCAUUACAUUUGAUGUAAACGGUUUCGAGCGAACCAUUCAAAGAGGCAAAUGUCUUCUUCAUAACCAUUUCAAGCAUUCCGUCGAAUAUUUAGCCACAGAUCUGUCUAACGGACAGACAUUUGUGAUCACCGAAUGGAUUCUUAGGCUUAACGAUGACAAUAGUGUUGACGAUAUUAUGGAUCGUAUAUCAAAAGUGGAAACAUUUUUCAAAACGAAAUUAAUGUCUUUGAAUGAUCGGAAUCUAAUUCAUUACCUAUCGAUGCAAUACUCUGUCAAAAGUGAUUAUAUUGUCGUCGAUUUACUUCAGGAACACAUUAACGCCAAUUCACUGUUCAGUUUGUCUAAUGUGAUGAGAGGACAUCCGUUUAAUACAUCUCUCAUCACAUUUUAUUCAAAACAAAUCUUAGAAAUUGUAAACUAUUUGCACAGAAAUAAUAGCCCUCACGGAGACCUCAGGCCCACCAAUGUGUUCGUUGACAGCAUUACCGGUGAUAUCAAAAUCAGUGAGAACGCCCGAUGGAGUGCCGAACGACUAUUAUAUCAUUCAUUUCUUUCAUCACAAAAAUCAGCGCAAAAUUAUUCAAAAUAUGACUCGGAAUCUGAUAUUCUUAAGGGACGAUCGGAACAAACAGAUGCCAACAAUUAUGAGACCAAUGUUGAGAACAAAGCGAUAUUGAAUUCGUUGGUCUCGUCGUCAAUGUAUUCACGACUCAACGAGUUUGAAGUGUUGGAUGAAUUAGGAAAAGGCGGUUUUGGUUACGUUUAUAAAGUGAAGAACAUUUUGGACGGAAGAUGUUAUGCAUUGAAGAAAAUCCAAAUCAAUCACUCAAAUCAUUCUCUCUAUGAGAAGAUCAAACGUGAAGUGAAUUUGCUUUCGAGACUCAAUCACGAGAAUGUUGUCCGAUAUUUCACGUCUUGGAUCGAGUCUGAAGACAAUCUGGACUUUGAUAGCAGUGAACAGAGUUCUACCACAAAGACAAGUGAAAACAUUACACAAAAGAGUUUAAAAGUAGACACAAAGUCAAUGCAAAAGAUAAAAGAAGAAAAAUCAAGCGAUUCUUCAUCUGAUUCUGACUCUUCUGACUCCUCCUCCAUAGAAGACGUCGACUUUGAAGCUGAAGAAGAUAUAUUCGGCACUUCUUUUUUAGUACAAAUACCGCCAAAAUUAUCUAAUAAUUCAUCUGACGAUCAGUACGUGAUAUUUGAAAGAAGUGGUUGUGAUUCCAAGUCAUCUCAUGAGAAGACAGAAACCAUUAAUAACAAGAAUAAUUCAGGUGAAGACAAGUGGUCUCGUAUUCCUCGACAAAACAUGUUUAUUCAGAUGGAAUUGUGUGAGAAAAACACUUUGAGAGAUGCCAUCGACGGCGGACUCCGUAACGAAGCGCACAGAAAGCGAAGACUUUUCAGAGAAAUAGUUGAAGGAUUGGUUCACAUUCACGAACAGGGAAUGAUUCACAGAGACCUUAAACCAGGAAAUAUAUUCCUCGACGUCAACGAUCACGUGAAGAUCGGAGACUUUGGUUUAGCUAAAGAUAUAUUUUUCAUCAAAGAUGAGAAGCCCGUGUCGUCGUCAGUAGUCAAUCAACUGAACGCCACACAAGAAUUGGAUCACUUCAGACUCACCGGCAAAAUAGGGACGCCUUUCUAUGUGGCGCCAGAACUGGCCGUCUCUUCUGAUGUCAACUCUACUAAAAUAUAUUACACACAGAAAGUGGACAUCUACUCCUUGGGUGUAAUCUUCUUCGAGAUGUCGUAUCCCUUCCAGACAUUAAUGGAGAGAACGAAAGUUGUGAUGAAUUUAAGGAAAAAAGAGAUUGAAUUACCGAUUGAUGCGAAUCAACACUUGACACAAAUAGAGAUCGAUAUAUUGAAAAGUUUGUUACAACACGACUACUCAUUGCGUCCGACUUCGUUAGAACUGUUGGCUUCCGAUUACUUACCGGCGCCUGAAAUGGAGGAGAAGGAGGAACAGAAUGUGAUCAGACGUGCCGUUCAGAACACGCGAACAAAACUACAUAAAUAUAUGUUAAAUAUGUUGUUUCAAAAGGAAACGUCCGAAAUCGAGGACUACGUGUUUGACGUAAAUGAUCAACACUUUGGACCAUCUUUUGGGACCAAAAAUGAUUUGUUUUCGCUGUCAACGAAACAGCGAGUCUUUCAAUACGUGUACAAUGUGUUGGAGUCAGUAAUGCAAAGCCAUUGCGCCGUCUAUUUAUCACUUCCCACUCUUCUGCCCAAACAUUCCACUCAAACAUAUCAAGUGAACGAUGUUUUCUACGUGAGCGACAAUACCGGAGCCAUUGUCUCCCUCUCGCACAACCUUCGGGUGCCUUUCGCUCGAUAUAUCGCUCGCAAUAAUAUCUUACACUUCAGACGCUAUUCCAUCGAAAAGGUUUACCGACAAAGACGUGUUAUGGGUUACCAUCCGAAGGAGUUAUGGGAAUGCGCUCUCGAUAUCAUCACACCGAAGGCCAGCACCGAUGUGUCAACGCAUAUAAUACCCGAUUCAGAGGUGUUGAGUGUGUUGUGUCAUGUGGUGAAUCAAUUCCCGGCUUUGAGUGCUUCCAAACUAGUACUUCGAGUCAAUCACAUAAACCUUAUUAAAGCGAUUCUCGAUUAUUGCGAUAUUUCCGAUGAAAUGCAUAACAAAGUGAUACUACUGUUAGGCGAAUGCUUUUCCCCUAAAGUAACGCAAAAUUCAGAACAGGAGUCGCUUAAGAAGUUAUUGUCUAAUAUUAAGACUCAUAUGAGAAAGAAAGGAGUGAAACAACAAAAUGCGCUUCAAAUGGCAAAACACGCGAUCAAAGAGUUAGAUCUGAUUCUCAAUUUUGCCGAAAAGUUGAGUAAUUUAAAUAAAUUCUCUGUAAGAAUAUCACCGGCUUUUGUAAUUAGCGGCUCUUCGUGUGUACUCUAUUCGGGAAUAAUCUUUCAAUUGGAAAGAGAAGUGAAACACAAAAAGUUGCCCCAAAGAAGCGUUAUAGCAGUUGGCGGUCGUUAUGACCGAUUAAUUGCGAGUUUUGACACUUUAAGUAAAAAUAGUGACAAACACUUUGCGGCCAAAGGAGGUGUCGGUCUGAGCAUUGAAUUCGAGAAAAUAAUGAAAUGUGUUUUAGAAGAAGAAAUGAAAACAAAAUCAACGUUCGGAUCAGUUAUCGAUGUAGUCAUCUGUUCCCUAACUAAUGAGAAAUCAGAAUCCAUUCUUAAAGAGUUGGGUUCCGUUACUAAAGAAUUCUGGAAUUCGGGAAUCAAAGCAUUUUGUUUUCCCGAAGAUUUGCCCAAAAAUAUUGAUGAAUUGCACGCCUUCUGCAAAGAGAACUCAGUUCGAUAUGCAGUCGUUAUUAAAGAGACCUUUGAUUCAAAUCAAACAAACUUUCAUCAAAUGAGUGCCAAACUGUUUGCUUACGAAAAGGAGCGGUUCAUCGAUAAAAAGGGUGGACCCGUCUCUGAUAUUGUCGAAUAUGUCACUCGAAGUUUAUUGUCGUUGAAAAGUGAUUCCAACAGCGCCUCCAAUAGCGCCAACUCUGACCAGACAAUGAUUCCCAGAAGCGAUAGUAAUAAAGUGAUUAACAAUCAAUCCAUGUAUUCAAAUGAUGGCAAUUAUACGCAAACCUCUGCCAUCGCUUCCAAUAUAAAAGUCACUUUCAUUUGCGAACGAUUGCAACCAAUAGUGAAGAAAAGACACGAAAAGGAUAUAAUCUCUCAGUUAUCGACGGCUUUGAAUUUUGUAAUGAAUAAUACAAUAAUAGAGGUGUUGGCAGUGGAUGUGCCCUUCCGAGUGAUAAAAGCCAUUUGUGCCGAAAUCGAGUUGAAUGUUGACAACGAAAACGAGCCGAAGAGCGCGUUUGAGAAGAGCGUCCAAUCGAUAACAGACAAGCAUUUGCGACACAGGAAACACAUUCAACACAUAACCGACGCUCUCUAUGAAUACAAAAUUCACGAGAAGAUAAUCGACUACAUAAGCGAUUAUUGCGGACUUUUAAAGGGAUCGACCGUUCAGUUGGCGGCUAAUGUGAAGCCGUCGGUCGCUCUCUUCAAACUGAAACGCGAAACAUAUAAACCAAACCUCGACUGCGAAGUGACGGUCAGAGCGCCGCCUAAUUAUGGUCUCAUUGCAUACGUCAAGAGAAUUAAACUCAGAAAAUUUUACGCCUAUGAAGACUCGCUGGAAGUGAUAUCAGAUAAUAAUAAUACUUCUUAUAAAUGGUUGGGAAAUAACGAGGAAAUGCAUCCGAAAAUGCGAACCUAA